UCGAUCUCGCCUGCACUUGGGCACUGAGUGAGGGGCGGGGAAGAAACCGGAGGGCGCCGUCGCUCUGCGGAGCUAACGGGCAGGUGCUGAUGGACUUGCUGGGGAUUUGCAGUCUUUUCCGAUUUGAUUAUUGCUCAAGUCUCUGAAGGAGGGCAGAGCUCCAGCUAAGAAAAUAUUAAGCAAUAUUUCUGCUGAUCCAGCUGGAUUUGCUGCAGAAUAUAUCAAGCACUAAAUGCCCCUUUUGACUGUGUGGCUGAGUUCUCCGCUGUGCUUCGAUGUUGUCACCCUAAUUCUUGCAAGGACCAGCACUUCAACUUAACCAUGGCACAGAUCCUCCAUCUCGAGAUUCCAAAUUUUGGGAACAAUGUCCUGGGAUGCCUCAACGAACAGCGGUUAAUGGGGUUGUUUUGCGAUGUCUCUAUCGUUGUCAAAGGUCAAUCCUUCAAGGCGCACCGUGCUGUGCUGGCUGCCAAUAGCCUUUAUUUCCGGGACUUAUUCAGUGGCAACAGCAAAAGUGCAUUUGAGUUGCCCGCCAUGGUGCCACCUGCCUGCUUUCAGCAGAUCCUUUCCUUUUGUUACACUGGCAAGCUUACCAUGGCAGCUAGUGAGCAGCUGGUGGUGAUGUAUACAGCAGGCUUCCUGCAAAUACAACGUAUUGUUGAGAAAGGAACUGAACUGAUGUUCAAAGUGAGCUCCCCGCACUGUGACUCUCAGACCACCUCCAUUGAAGACACUGGUUCUGAACCACAGAGUCCUUGUCCCCUACAGCCACCUGCCACUCCAACAGUUGUCUCUCCAGCUUUGCCCAUUCCGUUGCUUUCUCGAGUGAAGAGUGAACACUGUGAGCAAGAUCUGACAGCGCCUGGCAUUCAUACACUUGCAACAAAGCGCUCACUGGAUGCCAACCUGCGUGAAAGUGCCAGUCACCUAAACUGUGCAACACCUUUGAAGUUGCCCAGAGUUUCCUAUUCUGGAUCCUGGGGAACCACAUCUUAUGUGCAGCCGGUAACCUAUGUUCAAGCAGAGCGCACAAGCCCAGGUGGAAGCAGCAAUCAGACUACAGACAGUCCAACCUCCUACCAUAAUGAGGAAGAGGAUGAUGAUGAUGAAGCAUAUGAGACAAUGGGAGAAGAUCAGUAUGGACAGAUGUACAUCAAGGCAUCAACAGGAUAUCCUGUUCAAGAGAAGGUUGGGCAGUUGGCAAACCACAUGACAGAGAAUCGCUCCUGUGUGCUUGUUCGCCGUGAUUUGGUUGCACUCCCUGCUAGUCUCAUCAGUCAGAUUGGCUACAGGUGUCACCCGAAGCUAUACUCUGAGGGUGAUCCUGGUGAGAAGCUAGAACUUGUCUCAGGUUCAGGAGUUUAUAUCACACGAGGUCAGCUCAUGAACUGCCACCUCUGUGCAGGAGUUAAGCACAAGGUCCUCCUCCGGCGCCUGCUUGCCUCAUUCUUUGACCGCAACACUUUGGCAAAUAGUUGCGGCACAGGGAUCCGUUCCUCCACAAGUGACCCCAGCAGAAAGCCUCUGGAUAGCAGAGUCUUGAAUGCAGUGAAAUUAUAUUGUCAGAACUUUGCUCCCAACUUCAAAGAAAGUGAGAUGAAUGUGAUUGCUGCUGACAUGUGCACUAAUGCUCGACGGGUUCGCAAGCGUUGGCUUCCCAAGAUCAAAUCAAUGCUGCCUGAUGGAAUGGAAGUAUAUCGCACUGUUAUCGGAGAUGCAAGUGGUGGAAGCAGCUUGGACCCGGAGCUCUAUGGAACUGGGUCAACAUUUGAGCAAAGUAGUCAAGCUGAGAAGAGGAAUGAUUCUGGGACUGUACUCGGAGAAAGAGCAAACCCUGUAAGCAUAGACGUAGAGUCCCCCAAAUCUGAGCAGUCAUGUGAACAGAAUGAAAUGAUGGAGUCAGUAAUAAGAGAAGCUGCUGGCACUAAUGUUUUGCCCCCAGACACACCCAACACAGUCCACACUUUUGAUCAAGAGGACACUUCCUCUAACAAUAGAUCUGAAACACCCAUGCGGAAACUGGAUGGAACAUAUGCAGGGACUUUGUGAAGAUUUCCACUGUGGUCAGAAGGAAACGCAUCUUGUUAUUUGAAAUGGCUUGCAUGCAUACUAACCCUCUCAACAUUUGGCAGUGUUAUUAAGCCACUGACCUGUACCCGUUGCCUGAAGACAUAACUUUUAUCCCACCUGUAUACGGUAUGCCGUGAAGAAAUGAAGACGCCUUUAUAACACUGAAACAGAUCUUCCCAGUUCAACUUUGUCUUAACAAAAAGACAACAGAAUUUGCAGUCUCUCUGCCCUUUGAAAGGCCCAAACAAGGAGCAGCUGUGGUAAUUUGAAAGUUGCCUUUCAAGCUGAUAAAUGGUAUCCAGAUCAUUUGAGCACUGUUGGUCCAUUAACAGACUCCUAAAAUGGAACUGACUUACACAUAGCAAAACACACUAACUGGGUGAAAAAUAAGAUUGGAAAGUGUAUAGUUCUUAGAGGGGGAAAAAAAUGUUCUCAUCGUUAUCAGUCUGGACAUCAACACUCUUCUCAUAUCGCCAAGGCCAAGUAACUGCUCCAGUGUGUGAUCGCUUAUCUAGCUAGAAUUUGAUAUUUAGCAUAAUAUGACAUUUUUUCCAGACAUAUAAAUAUAUAUACAAACUGAUGUCAUAAAUGAUUAUGACGCAAGCAUUUGUUUUUCAGCUGGUGAGAAAUCAUGGAAGUAUUCUGCUCAUGUUUACUGGGAAUGUUUUGGGCAUUUUACAGGUCAGAGGGCAGCAGUUUCAGGAAAGCAGCUUGGACUUUAAACCUCCCUGGGUUUGAUGAAGUAAGAAGUGUUUAAUGUGGUGGGCGGGGGAGUGAAGAAAGGUCCAAUCAGAAUCUUAAGUUGAGUGAAGAAUGCGUGACCAAGGGUGUUUGCAUGCUGUGACUAGACUGAUCAUGCUUAAGAUGUAGAUUAUCAUAAAAUAUUUCAUAGAUUGUAAACAUGCAAAACCAUGUGCCUUAGAUAUUUGAUUUAUUCCCUGUUUGGAAAGAAAAGUCCCAUCCUAUUUGAGCUGAUUAUUUUUGUGAAUGUGUAAAAGAGUACCCAUAGUAUUUAAGUGACUUAACAGUAUUUAUGUAUAAUACAGAUUUGUUCACUAGUAUGUGAAUUUUCCAAAUAGUUCCUACUUUGUUUGAGCAGCACUGGUAUAAAAACAGUGCUGUUAAUAAGACUGUUAGCUAAAUGCACUUUGCGGAAAAUAUUUUUGUUUUUCUUCUGACCAAACUGAUCAUUCCCUUGACCGAUCUAAGUCAUUUUUAAAUAGAAGUCGAAAGUGCCAUUCGACAGCUUGGCCAUAUAACCUUUGCAACUUGAACAUUUUGAGAUACACUGUAACGAUGCACUUUAUCGUACAUGCUAGAAGGUUAUCAAAACAUUUUGGUCAAUUGUGCGUCCUCUAAUAUAGUUAAUAUUUUCCUAGUUUUUAUUUUUGAAGAGGAGUUGCCAAGUUGAUUAAACAGUAACUAGACUUCUAUCUGCAUUACUAAAACAGGAACACUUCCUUAGAGUGAAUAACAGUGAUAUCAUUGUCUGAAAUGGGCCUUCAGAAUGCUGACUCUAAUGCCAUUGGUAAAUUGUCCUAUCGUUAUCCUAUCUCUUUCCAAUUCAUGUGAUGCUUACUGAAUAAAAUGAUAGAAUGUAUAAAUUUAUUUUCUCCCCUAUCACUUUGUAUAGUAGAUUCAUUACCUUUUCCGACAUGAAGUCAGUAUUGUUUCCUUUAUAUAAAAAAAACUGCCCGUUAUAACCAGACUAAUUUGUGUUUUUGUGACCAAGUGUCAACUUCAUGGAGUUUCCUGGAGAAUUUCUGUCUGCAGGACCUAAUGCAUUUACUUGUGCUGUUGUCCCAAACCUACCUCAUUACCUAUCCAUCCCGCCUCAUGCCUGAUGCUGGCUCCACCACUUAUUGCAGCAGAACUUACUACUGUCCACAUAUCCUGGAAUAGACUGACAUCCACGGUGCCAUCUUACAAUCCUGGCCAAACAUCUAGUCAAGUAUUGGCACAAUGGAGCUAUCCUUGCCCAGCCGCAAACCUAUGCUGUUUAUGACAUCUGGCUGAUACUUGCACAUACAACUCUACUUUGUUGACUCGGGCCACGCAACUUGCUGUUCUUAGCAACAUCCCAUCUUACUGCCCUGUCAAAGUCAGUGCUACUGUGUCCCCAAAAGCCCACUGAAAUUAGCAUCUCUCCAUUGUCCAAUAUUGGACCAUUACAUUGACAGCAUCAUUCAAACAGUGCCAAAGUUUAUCUUGCAUUUGCAAUCAACAAAAUCAAACAGAAAAAAAAACAGGCACCAUUUUACCCCCAAAAUACAAAUGAAUUGCUUCCAUAUUGACCAACAACUAUUUUAGCCAAUGAUUAUUAGAUUCACUUAGCCCUUGACUCCUCGAACCAGAGUCUCAGUCAAAUCUUGUCUGGCUUAUAGAGCUUGAUGCAGCUGAUCUCUGUCAUGCAUGAGGUGAGCUUCCACCUUCUCAAUGUCCUUUUUCUCCUUUUAAAGUAAACUGCUUCCAUUUUCCCAGCUCCUCAGCAUUAAUCACAUCUCUAGAUUUCUUCCUCCAAACUUGCAUAGUGCAGCAUGCUGGGAUGAUGCAGCAUGCACUGUCCAAAGUAUAUUGCAGCCCCCCACCCCAACUCGAAGCUUGUCCCAGCAGCGGAAAUGUGUUAUCAGCAGCCAUGGCCACCGUGUCCCUCAUUGAAGCAUGGGUGCGAUUUUAACUGUGCUCUGCAUCAUUGGAGGUGUUCCACAGAAAUGGUGUUAGUCAUGCUUGAAUGGGUAACUCAGAAAUCAGGCUUGUAAGUUAUCUGAACUGUCAAACACAGCAAGAACAUGAAACUAUUACAGUCAUGGCUGCUCCCAGGGUAUUAGGUGCACUUCAAGAACAGGUAAUGGUGAUUAUUGAUCACUUGAUGAUUAAUGGAAUAGAACCCUUCCUGUUGUUGAAAUCCACCAUGUUGUGAAAUGGCCCUUUCAGUGCAAUCUGUGUGCAGUCAAUGGUGUCUGCACAUGGGGUAGGUCGGCUGUGUUGCCAGAUCCUGCCUGUGCUUUAGCACUGAUAUUGUUAUGGGGGCAAGAAAAUGAACCAGACCAAUCUUGCAUAGUUGUCUUGUUCACAUACAAAUGUAUCCAGAAAUGAUCAAUGGAGCAAUUACAUACAGGACUCCUGUGGCUUUUUGGUAGAAACCAGUCGCGUAGGAAUUCACUGCAGUUGUCAUUCUUCACAGUUACCAAGAGAGGACAGCUCCCACCCCAACCCACUCCUUCACGUUUCUGGUCCUGUUCCAGUAGGUAACACAAUUCAGUUAGUAUCCUGGGAUGCGUGCAGUCUAUGUUGACACUGUAACGCACUCAUUCCAAGGAAAUGGCUUUGAGCAUGAAAGAUAACAGCCCUCUUGUGUUCCCAGUGCAUCUUACAGGGUCCUGCAGCUGAGACCUCUUCCUGUGAUGAAGGCUCAUCACCCUCUGCUGUUGCUUGCUGUUGCUCCUGGGAUCGAUGUUUCACCUAUCUGUCUUUGGCUGUCGUAGCAAGAUAGCCAUUGUGACAAGCAUACCAUCUGUGGCUGAAUUCAUCAGUUACAGGCACUGAUCUGCGUUAUCAACGUAAGGAACAAAUUAGGUUCUUAGCUCUGACAAGAGUUAAUGCUGGCAUACCCUGCAAAUGAUGGCUGCCUGCAUUUCUCCAAAGAACCAACAUAGUGCAUGGAUGAGGAGGGCCAUAUUUCAAGUUGUCACAGCUCUGAGAUAGAUGCUUGCUUGGUAGAGGAACUCCAUUGGCUGAGUGACAAAUACAUAGCAAUAUAAUUGGGAGACCUCUGACCUCUGAAUCCUUCCUAUUGCAGCCCCCAUCAACAAUGGAAGUUAUGUCAUGAUACUCAGUGCAGGUCGAGAGGGAUUCAGUUCACUGCCACACAGCUCCCUUAAGUUGCACAAGAAUUGUUGGUUUUCAUCAGUGUCCCAUGUCAACCUCUAAGUCUGUUGCAAUUUCCUUCAUUGGACCUUGAAGAGGGACAGACAUUUUAAUGAUAUGGUGGGCAUUGCUUGUGACCGGAGUUUGCAACAUAUGUGCACUCCAUGCAAAUCGCAUGCACAGUGAUGUGAUUGUAAAUGAUAUGAAGCUGCAAUGUGCAAGAGCAUAAUUGAUGUGAUUAUCCCUUCAGUGGCCUUCCACCAAGCUGUAGUGAAGUCUGCCCUCUGCCUAUCAAGUUGACACAGGCUCUGCCCAGCCGAGGCAUUGUCUUUAGCAUCUUCCAGUUGCAGGUCAUUUCUGCUAAUUGGGAAGUGAUGGCAGCAAAGUCACCUCAUGAUGUACGCCCUCACUACCGGGUUCAGCCUGGUCAUUGAGUACCUCCCACUUUUGAACUUCCACGUUCUGUUUUAUCUUGCUGUUUUUAAUCUUGUCAGUCUAAAUCCAGUGAUUCUGACAUCUCCACUUACACAUGUGAACACACACCCUGCCCCCUUGUCCCCUCUUCAAUUUAUGCCUCUUGUCCAGCCUGAGGACUUGGUGCUUUUCCUUGCAUGCAAAGUGUCUUUGGUGCACCCCACAGUGCAACUUUAAAAUGGAGAAAUGUACUGUAAAUCUGGGCGUAACAGGCAUUUGAUAUCUCUAGGUAUGAGAUGUGAGCAGCUAUUGCCCAUUGAGCAAACCCUGAAAUGCUGGUGUCAGGUAUUCAAACUGGCUAGAUGGAGUAGCGACCAGCGAGCUGGUCACCAGCUGCCGCCUUCAACUUAUCCAGAAUCCUAGCCAUUUAGUUUCCUCAUGGCAGGUUGUGCAGUAGUGCGCUGUUUAUUAAUGAGAUAGCUUGCUUCAUCAUCUUUAACUAUGUUCCACAUUAAUAGGCAUCUUAACGUUUACCUAGUGGGAAUCUUGUCUCAUCGCUCAGAACUUUCUUGGAAAAUACAACUAGUUGUUCUUAGCUUAAGAAAGAUCUUGCUGAAUUUGUUAUUCUUCCAGAUUGUGGACAGGGGUUUGGGCUUAUGUCUUAAUAGGCAUUGAUUAAAAAUUUGGCUCUAGGUUUUUUCAUCAGCCUUCUAUCGUUUCAGAAGUUACUGCAGCCUUGUGUUCACUUCUCUUCCUAAGUGUGUUUAGUCUGGGAGCUGAGGAAACAGGAAUGCAUUGACAAUUUCUUGUCAUGUUGCUAGUUCAAUUGUGUUGUCCAGUACUUUGGUUCUCCUUUGAUUUUGAAGCAAUUUGAUGUUCAUCUUAUGAAUCACCGCAGCAGCAUUUUUGCCUGACUACCAAAAAUAUUUCCAUUUGACGAUUGUGAUAUGGAUGUGUACUAAGAGCACUGUUUAUAAGCCUUAAAAUAUUUUGCUGAAAAGUCUGUGAAUGAAUACAGAUGUCUUCCUUCAUUAUAAUUAAUACUGACCUUCCAUCCAAACUUAGUAAUUUAGAUUGGAUAAACCAGAGUUAACUGUGCACGUAACUGCAGUCCUAAUUUCUGGGCUGAGGAUGUUCGGCUUUUACCUAAUUGAAUUUCUUUACUGACUAGCAUGUUUUCAACUCUAUUUUUAUGUUUCUAUUUGUUGAUCUCUUCCUUCUCCCCACCAACCCCCAAAAAAAGCAAUUCAGUAAUUACAAUAACAGAAUGACAGCACAUUCCUUCAGUUCUAUACUGAUAUACCUCUUGCAGACCUAUUUAAGUGUUUCAGUAAUGUCUUUUGGUUUUCAUGCAUUCUCUUCAGCAUUCUGCAGGCCAGUGCACAUUACUAUCCCAGCAUAGCAAGGCAUAUUUCAGACAGUGGAAUUGCUGACCAGAUGAGGGCAGCCUGGUCCCUCUGAAACCACCAUAUUGUCAGAAACUGCAAUUUGUUGGGAAUGCUAAACUUUAAUAUUGAAGAAAUGAAGCAAAAUAUGGUUAUACUCCCUUCAAAGUUGCCACAAGUACAGACACUGAAUUUUAAACAAAAAUGUGAUGUUUUACUGCUUGGUAUUUGCAAACCAUGACAUCCAAUGCAAUGGUAAAGGAAUAACUUUCAAUUGCAGGAGCAAGUCAUUUGCAUUUAAAUAUCUUCAAUGCAAGUUCCAGUAACUACAAAUUAAAGUUAUUUCUUAAUAAGCUCUGUAUUAACCAUGGGAGCACGAGGUUGACUAGCACCUUACCUUAAACACUGUAAAAUGUUAAUUGGCUAGCCAUAGGAUCAACUGAUUUUCAUAUUUGCAGACACUAAUUUGUUAAAAAAUUGUUAAUUUUUUUGUUUCAAAAGGAUUUUAGUUUUAUUUUGAGGAAUUUCACUACAGAAAAAUGCAGUGAUAACAAAAGUAUUGACCCCAAUCGAAGUUCUGAAAAAGACAAACUGCUGUAGAAGAGACUUGCUUUUAGUUCGUUGUGGCUGCCUUUGUACUGAGAUUAUUUUGGCUCUCUCAUUGUCCCUUUCAGGCUUAAUUAUCCUAGAAUCCAUUUGAGAAACAUUCAGUUAAAUUGUGAGCUAACCUCUUGACAAGAUUACUUUAUGAAAAUACCUCCUGGUCAAGGCAAGCAGACCUAUGUUUUGUUGAAUCGUUGGUAUAUGGCCUGAUUGAGAUGUCAAAGAGAUGGCAGUCUAUGCCACUCAAAAUAACAAAUUUACCACGUGCCCAGAAAGCUGUAACAAACUUUGAAGGCAAGCAGUGCUUCUGUGUGGAGUGGAGUCAGUUGACACAUAAUCAGUAUAUAUAAUCAUUUCAAAAUGUUAAAAACACAACUAGAGGAAUUUGGCAAACUUGAAUUAUAAGUUGUGGUUAAAUAUUAAACUACAGUUUCUGAUUUUGAAAUAUUCCAGGCUAUUGUUCUGGAGUAGUUUUGUAAUGUCAACCUUUACAUGAGCAUUUAUAGGAACGGUAUCAAUAUACUGAUUAUGAAAAGCAACCAUUUGAACUGUGGUAGCUGCAGUUGUAAACUUAGCAUCCUUUACUUUUGACAAGCGGGUUUUAAAAGGCUCUUGAAUCCUUAAACUUUGAGAAGAACUAAAAUAAUUAUUUGUCAAAAUGUUCUUCAGUCAAGUGUAGUGUGAGAGUGAAUUGCACUAGUUAAAGAUUACAGUAAUCAGGGACAAAUGUAAAAUGAUCAGCUUCAAAGCUUUAAAAAAAAUUCUGAAUGAAAGGAUUGAGCAGAAGAAGCUAAAAUGAACAUCGUGACAAUUCCUGAAGACUUGAGGAUAUCAGGGGUUGGGAAAUGGGGUGUGAAUUGUCUGAAUUAUUGGAGCAUCUAAUGGUCAGAUAACCAGACCAUUGAGCAUGUUGUCAAGGUAUGUUCGCAAGUUAUAACAGAAUUGCAGGUUUUAAUAUGUGUAGGAUCCCCAACCUGUUCCCCCUAUUCUGAUUUCUAAGUAGAAUUUACAACUGGUGAUUCUGUGGUUGUGACACAUUUUCCCGUGUGCAAAGAGUUCCUUUUUUUGCAUGCAGUUGUGAGACAUGUUAUGUUCUUGUCUAAUGAUUUUAUUCACUUCUCAAAUCCCUCCUUUGUCUGAAGAGGUGCCAAUCUGUGCACAUUAUUUAUAGGCUUCUCUUUUGCUCAGCAUCAAGAUGAAUGCCAUAUACUCCCAUGUUUAAUCAAGUACAUUUCUUAUUUUGAAAUCACACAAUUAAGAUAACUAAUUGUCAAUGAAGUUCCCUGUAUACAUGUUAGAUAUUAAUUUUAAAACCAUUGUGUUCUAAAAACCUCUAAUUGUGUAUACCAGCAAUUCUGGAUAAUGCUAACCAGUAAAAUCUGGAGCCUGUUGCAUCCCUGCAUUCUUCAUCAUUUUCCAACUGGCAGUAGUUAUGUUCUUACUGGCAGGUAAGAAUAGUUGCCGUCAUUGCGAAUGCAAACUUGUGAUUAGUGAUUGACUCAACUUGAAGGAACUCUAAAGAUGGUGAAGUCUGUUUUUACAAGAAUUUGUAAUUAUAUUUUUCCCUCUCUUAAAUCUAUAAACUGGCCUGCUGAUUUUCAUUCACUGGUUUUGACCUUGUUCCUCACUGUUGGAAUCCCUACUGUGGAUGCUUGCAGGCAGCAGUCUUUGCAUUUUGCUCUCAAACAUUAAUCACUAAUGUGUGAAACGUUCUUCUCUCGAACAUUUUUUUUGUGCAGUGAUUAUUUUAACAUUUUAUUAUUUUAAAAAUGCAGCGUAGAAAUGCUUUUGAAUUCUAGAAUGAGAAUCUCAAAUGUUAUUGAUUUGCAAAUUUUGUAAGUACUGUAGACAUAAGAAAAUAAUUGGUGUUCCCUGUCUGUAGUGGCGGAAUGAAGGGGUUUGUUAAAACUGUUCCAAGAGUUGUACCAUCUUGGUAUGGAAGCUUGAAAUUGUAACCCUGAAUCUGCUUGAGACCCUGUUCUCAAAUGCAUCUGAACAGGGGAAUUCGCAAGAGAGGAACAAAGUGAAGAAAUCUCUCUAGACCUGCUGAAUAAACAGGACCUGGUAUGGUUAGCACAAGAAAUGUUAUGAAAUGCAAGCAUUUACAGUUUAAGAUUUUGUAAUGUUUGGUUGGUUUGCUGUUGAAUCACUUUAUUCUUGUAAAUUUAUUUUUUUUCUCCCUUUUUCUUCCUGAUCAUGCAGGCAGUUUAUUCCUGCCAAAGUGCAAUUCUUUUCCAUGUUUGUAACAAUUAUGUAUCUUCCCAUGCGGCGCUUCUUUCAAUAUAUGAGACUGACCAGCAUUCGAUGUUCAGUGUGGGUAUAAAGGCCUCAAUCCAGUCCUUGUUCCUACCUAUAGUAUAGCCAUUUGUAUCAUUGCCUUGUUGGACAAUGCAUUGCAGAAGGCAUUCUGGCUGAUUUAUUUAUCUCUCUGCCUGUUGACGUCCACAACCUGAAGCCAAGAGCACUAAUGUUAACUCGACUUUUUAUUCCUGAGGUCCCAACUUGGUUUAGACCAAGCAUCCAGCCUUCCUCACCUAUAUGAUCUCCCAGGGUUAGCAAUGGAAGAAGCAGCAUUAUGUAAAAUAAAUAUUUUCAGAAAGCAAGUAAUGUUCUGUCUCUUUAAAGAAAACAUCUUGAGAGCUGAAUUACCUCACAAUGCUUGAAGAUUGUGAGGGAAUCCUUCACAAAAGAUUGUUGAUGGCAAAACUGACCAUUUACAAUCUUGUCAUUAUUGGGUUUAAGACAAAGUUGAAGUCUUUAAAUGCAAAGACUUCUGUCAAAUGUCCCCAUAUGCAAUCAGAACAUUUGUAAGUCCAUAAGUUCUAAUUCCUGUGUCUUAGUCCAUCUCCGUAAUCUAACAGUGUUUAAUUGGAAAAACAUCAACAAUGAAUUAACUUGUUUUUUUCAUGUAAAUACAAACUACUCUUCAGGUCCAUAGUAAUGAAUUUAUAGGAAAGCAUAUUCAUUACACCAGCAAAAACAAAAUUACCUUAAUUUUUUCAGAAAUCAAUUAAAAGUGUACUUCUCUGGACAUCUUGCACAGACUUGCUUUGAAAGCAUUUGUGUGUGUUCUUUAAAUGUUUUUGCUGCCCCCUCCUCAACCAAACUCACUGAGCAAUACCACAGAAAAUUAAUCUAAAACUUUGCACCCGACUUUUGUAUUCCAAAGUUACUCGUCACCUUUGAUACUCAGUGCCAGGCAGGGAUGCCAUCUUUUGGAUAAGAUGUUAAACCAAAGUCCUUUCUGUUUUGUGGCAGCUAGAGUUCAAAAGUACUUGGCUGUAAAGCAUUUUGGGACAUCGUGCAACCAUGAAAAGCACUGUUUAAUUGCAAGUAAGUUGGCUCUGUACAAGGGAAGGCAUUCCAUUUUGAUAGAAAUUUGUCUGUCGAGUACUCAAAGCACUAAUGCUCAUUCUUUUCCUUUUGUUCUCCCUUGCCUUUUUCACGUCUGUAAAGCAGAGCAACCAAACACAAAAUCACACUUUAACUGUGAUACAACUGCAGAAACCAUUCUGCACCAAAAUAAACGCAAGACCUCGAACUUGUCUGAACAAAUUUUUCAAGAUUUGAAAGAAUGUUUUGUGUUCCUGAACCCUUCUGUCAGGCUACAGAUGGAAAGGGCAGUCAGUAUGCAAAAAUGAGAAUUUGUUGAGAUUAACCUGACCUGCUGCAGGUUCAUAAAAAAAUGUGAGUUUUUAUUUUUAAAUGACGCUGUAAAAUGUCUAUGAGCCAUUUCAACACAUUUGCACCUUUGAGUUCUAUGAAAGAUUGUAUUGGUAGAGCUGCCUUACUGAAAAUGGCACUGUUGGGACUGUUACCUCCAGCAAGAUGACUGUUAAAUUCUGGGACUGUUUCUAGACUUGGCCAAGAUAUAAUGUGAUCAAUAAAAGUAACACACUUGUACUGUUUAA